AAAAAAUGUCUUCUCUAAGAAACAUUUCUAUUUUUUCCAUCUUUUUCUUGCCUUUUUUCUUGCUUUUGGCUUCACAAACCAAAGCAAACUUUAACUCAAAUCUUAUUGAAAAAGCAUGCACAACUUAUAAACCAAAUUGGGACUUUAAUUUUUGCAUAAAACUCUUAAAUUCUGAUCCCAAAAUCUCAUCAACACAAACUCCAUUUGAUUUAGCCAUAGCCAUUAUUAAAGCAGGAAAUUCCCAUGCAUCAAAAACUCAAGACUACAUAAAUAAAAAGCAUAGUCAUGAAGGAGGCACAAGCCCUGUUGUUUCUUCAGCAUUGAGUGUGUGUAGCAAAUGGUAUGGCGGUGUUGUUGGAGCAUUUGUGACUGCUUUAGAUGAUGUUCAAGAGAAGAAAUUUCAAUCAGCUAGUGAUCAUGUUAAAUCAGCUAAAGAUUUUGCCAUGAAUUGUGAAGAGGCAUUUGCUUCAAGAAAUGUUCAAGAUGAUGAAAUUUCAAAGGGUGAUAAUCUUGUUAUGUAUUUCAGUUUAUCUGUUGGAGUGAUUAUUAAUGUUCUUGGAGAAACAAUUAAUUAUACCACAUUUUGAUCUUUUGGUUUGUUCUACUUUAGUAUUUAUAUGGCAA